AUGUCAGUUAGAAACAGUCAACAAUGGAAACAGCUUGAGGAGCAUUAUGAGAAGGUUGGAAAGAAUAUUAAUAUGAGAGAGGAGUUCUCAAAGGAUGCAAAGAGAUUCGAUCGCUUCCAUAAGACAACAAAGGUUAGUGAGGAGGUCGGAAACAUAUUGUUUGACUACUCAAAGAACAGAAUCAAUGAGGACACGAUGAAGUUGCUGUUUGCCCUCGCCCGCCAUGCCAACGUGGAGCAGUGGCGCGACCGCAUGUUUGCCGGCGACAAGAUCAACAUCACUGAGAACCGUGCCGUCUUGCACACUGCCCUGCGUAACCGCGACCCAAAGGCUCAGAUCAAGGUCGAUGGCGAGGACGUCAUGCCAGGCGUCAGAUCCGUGCUGGCCAAGAUGAGAUCAUUCGUUGAUCGUGUCCGCAGUGGCAAGUGGUGUGGCUACAGCUCAAAGAAGAUCACCGAUAUCGUCAACAUUGGUAUCGGAGGCUCGGACCUCGGCCCCGUCAUGGUGUGUGCUGCUCUCAAGCCAUACGCCAACGACAAGGAGAUCCGCGUGCACUUUGUCUCCAACAUUGAUGGCACUCACCUCUUCGAGACCACUCGCUACCUCGACCCAGCUACCACACUCUUCAUCGUUGCCUCCAAGACAUUCACCACGCAGGAGACCAUCACCAACGCCCUCUCGGCCAAGAAGUGGUUCAUCGACCGUCUCCCAGCCGGUACUGACCAGCAGCACGCCAUCGGACAGCACUUUGUCGCCCUGUCCACCAACGAUAAGGAGGUGUCCAAGUUUGGCAUCCUCUUGGAGAACAUGUUUGAGUUCUGGGACUGGGUUGGAGGAAGAUACUCACUCUGGAGCGCCAUCGGUCUCUCGAUCGCACUCUACAUAGGAAUGGACGCGUUUGAGCAGUUGUUGGCUGGAGCCUACGCCAUGGACCGUCACUUCCAGACCGCCCCAUUGGAGGAGAAUCUUCCAUUGAUCCAGGCACUGCUUGGCGUGUGGUACAACAACUUCUUUGGCGCACAAUCAGUGGCCAUCCUCCCAUAUGACCAGUACUUGUCGAGGUUCGCCGCCUACUUCCAGCAGGGAGACAUGGAGAGCAAUGGCAAGGGAGUCGAUCGUGCCGGACACCCAGUGGAUGUGUCGACCGGCCCAGUCAUCUGGGGUGAGCCAGGAACCAAUGGCCAACAUGCCUUCUACCAGCUCAUCCAUCAGGGCACCAAGAUCAUUCCUUGCGACUUUAUCGCAUCGGUUGACAGCCACAAUGCUCUUGGUGAGCACCACAGGAUUCUGUUGUCCAACUUCUUUGCUCAGACCGAGGCCUUGAUGAAGGGUAAGAGCUUGGAUGAGGCCAGAGCCGAGCUGACCAAGGAGGGAUUGAGUGGCGAGCGUCUAGAGAACUUGCUCCCACACAAGGUGUUCUUGGGCAACAGACCUACCAACUCCAUCAUGUUGCAGACUCUGACUCCACACUCACUCGGUGCACUGCUCGCCCUUUACGAGCACAAGAUCUUUGUCCAGGGCAUCAUCUGGAACAUCAACAGCUUUGACCAAUGGGGUGUCGAGUUGGGUAAGCAGUUGGCCAAGAGCAUCCUGCCCGAGCUGCAUGGCAAGGGCACAGUCUCAUCACACGACUCGUCUACCAACGGUCUCAUCAACUACUUCAAGACUCAUGCCAACCUCUAA